GCCCGUCUUCAUCUUCGCGUUCACGCAAGGAGGAUGCCCAGCGGCGGGCCGGUGUGGAUCUGAGGCCACCACUGCCUGAGCAUUGCCCGACCCUGUUUCCCCUCUGUCAACGGCCACCACCGUCACAGACCCGCUCGGUUUGAUCCUGGCCUUAUUCAAAAAGUCAGAGCCAGUUGCCCUGCCACUGCAAAAUCACAGUGAAAAAAGUUACUGUGUUGUGGCUGCUGCGGCUGGUUGCAGCUCCUGCUGGCUUGGCUGCUUCAGCCAGCUUGCCGAACACCCCUGCAGUCUCGGACAGAGGGAGUACUCAAAACCCCAACUGCUGAUGGAUCUCCUCUCCGCUGCAUAUGGCGCUACCUCUGACGACGAGGAUGCUGCUGACCCACCCUCCUCCGUACCGGUUGCCACUGGGUCUGCCUCCUUCGCUCCACCUCCCCUGAAGCGGCCGCGGUGGGAAUCUCACCAAUACCUCCCUCCAACCCACUGCUUCCCGCAACAGCCCCUGCUCAACACAGUGACGCCGCUAGCAUCUCCAUCCAGCGGCAGGUAUGUUUCCAAGAGGGAGCGUGCUCUCCUAGCUUCAUCGCAGGUGCAUGUAGAAUCUGGAUCACCCCUGUCUCCGGUGACGAGAGCGGAGGUUUAUUGUGCAGUUGGCUCUAUCAACAAUACAAAUCUACGAGCUGACAUUUUGCAUUCCUUGCAAUGCCAACCAAAGCCUGGACCAAGCACAAGUUUCCCUUUGAAGCUCUCAGUUUGUUUGAAGGGUCACACUAAGGCAAUCAACUGUGUAGAUUGGUCACCGAGUCAUGGGCAUCUUCUUGCUUCUGCUGGAAUGGAUCACAAGGUUCAUGUAUGGAACGUAUGGGACAAAGGGAAUACUACAGCUCGUGUUUUGAAACAUCACACUGCUGCUGUAAAGGAUGUAAGGUGGUCCCUUCAUAGGCCCUUUUUACUUUCUGGAGGGCUUGAUUGUUCCUUACAGCUAGUUGAUGUUGUUGAGGGAAAAGUAAUGAAAGUAUUCAAGGAUGAUCAAGCUGUGGAGGUUAUCAAGUUCAAUCCAAGCAACCCUGAUCUCUUCCUAUCUGGUGGGUCCAAGGGUUCCCUUAGACUUUGGGAUAUUCGAUGUGGUCUGGUAACAAAAGAAUUUCAAAGAAGCCUUGGAACCAUCCUUGACAUUGACUUCAGUGCUGAUGGGAGACAAUUUAUCUCUUCAACUGACACAACCAGAAGCAAUAUUAGUGAGAACACUAUAGUUGUUUGGGAUGUCUCGCGACAAGUUCCUUUAUCUAACCAGGUUUAUACUGAAGCAUUCACAUGCCCGUGUGUAAGAUACCACCCACGUGAAGCAUCUUUUGUUGCACAAUCCAAUGGGAACUACAUUGCUAUUUUUUCAGCAAGGCCACCCUUCAAGCUGAACAAGUACAUGCGGUUUGAAGGACAUGGAGUGUGGGGUUUCCCUGUGAAGUGCAACUUUUCCCUGAGCGGAAGAGAACUUGCAUCUGGUUCAUCUGAUGGAUGUAUCUACUUUUAUGAUUACAAGUCGGCAAGGCUUUUAAGGAAAAUAGAAGCCUUCAAAGAAGCAUGCACUGAUGUUGUGUACCACCCAGUCAUGCCUAAUGUGAUUGCUUCUUGUAGCUGGUCUGGUGAAAUAUCUGUCUUUGAGUGACUUGAUAUAAUGCUUGGUAGGGAAGUAAAGUUGAGUGUUACAUGGCAAAGUUUUUACAAGUUGAGUGUUACAUCGCUGGCACCGGCGGGUUACCGGAGGCGGCUGGCAAGGUGAUUUCCAGCAAUCUGGCAGAGCCGGUGAAGAUUUUUGGUGCCACGGGGAUAUAGACACAAACAACUUGUAACCUUGGAAGACUUGACAGAUUCACUAUUCUCGUCUGAGGAGCAUCAGAAGUUCAGAACCGUAACACAAAUAUAUAUCCUAUAACUCAAACACCGAUUAAUGGUCAAAGCAGAUUCCAAAAUAAAAAUAAUUUGUUGUAUGGAGCUUAUCGUCUGAAUGUCAGUCUCAGCCUCGCCUGUGAACAGAUUAUUUAUAGUUACAAACAGCCCUGUUCUUUCUGUUUAAAGUAGAUGAACACUGAUUGUUGUGGCAACAUGCCCGGCACCACUCUUUACCUGUAAACAAAGGAAUUAAAAAAAAAGGAAAACUAUCAUUGUGGUA